CUUGUUCUUUGUUUGAUUCCUUAGAAGAAGAAAAAAAAAGCUCUGAACCUUUUUUUUUUGUUCUUUUUGCCCCCAGGCUAAGGCCUGGUUUAUGGUUUCGUGGCGGCCAUGGCAAAAAGAACAAGAACCAGCUAUAUGAGAGUUUGAUCAAAUUAAUCACAAUCUAAUUAGCGUACCAUUUUCAUUCUCCCCCCUUUUCCUUUCUCAUCUUCCAUUGGAAAUUUAAGUAAUAAUUAGAAAUGGCGGCUGGUUUUGCAAGAACAAGAUCAAGCCUUGAAGGUGAAAACCCAGGGAUAAUAGCCAUUGCGGUUGAUAUGGGCAAGAACAGCAAUUUUGCUGUGAAAUGGGCUGCAGACAAUCUCAUGAGAAAAGGUGGCUCUUCCUCCUGCAUCCUCGUUCAUGUUCACAACAAACCAGCUCCCGCUCAGAGCCAAAAUGGGCCAUCCCAAAAGGAAGUGCAGCAACUAUUCCUUCCCUUCCGAGGAUUCUGUGCCAGAAAAGGGAUUGAAGCCCAGGAAGUGGUUCUGUUUGAUGCAGAUAUAGCCAAAGCUCUCUUGGAGUACAUUGCCAAGAACUCCAUUGGGACUCUGGUCAUUGGCGCUACCAACAAGAGUGCUUUCUCAAGGAAGUUCUGGAGCGUUAGCCUUUCAACAACGCUAAUCCAGGCCGUACCGGAUUCCUGCUCCGUGUACGUCAUCUCCAAGGGCAAAGUCCAGAGCAUGCGGCUGGCGAAUCAGCCGCCGCCGCCGCUCAAAUCCUCCCCCACUCCCCUGAUGCCGUACAAUCAGUUCCCUCCGCCGAGCCCGGACCAGCAGUCCGAGGUAAUGUCGAUGUCCGAUUUCAGCUACAGCCAGGGGAGCCUGAGGAGCGAGUUCUCGUCCGACAGAUUGUCGAUCGAGAGCAGCGAUUCCGCCGCGAUUUCAUCGUCCACCAGAACGUCAGCGAACAGAGGCGGCGGCGGCGGUGGGUACGGAAGGACGCCGUUUGUGCCGCCGGGGGCUCAUCAUCAGGGGAAGAUGACCAGUAGGUUGUCCGGGGCGGAUUCUGCCGGCGUGUCGAAUUUCAGCGAUUCAUCGGCGGCGUCGGGGUCGUCGUUGUCGUCGGGAGGGAUGCCGAGGAACUUUCAGUGUGUCGAUACGGCGUCGUAUGAGGGUAAUAAUAAUAAUAAUAGUACGGAGUUCUCCGGAUUAUCAGCUAGUUCUACCGGCUCAACUAAUUCAUCUGACAGCAUGCAUUCAAUGGAGGCAGAAAUCAGGAGAUUAAAGCUUGAACUUCAGCAAACUCUCGAUGCUUACCAUUCCAUUUGCAAAGAUGCCGCCACAACCAAUCGAAUGACCACGAAACCACAAAAUUUCAAUUCUCAUGACUACGACCCUAAGGAUGAUUCCAACAUGUCCUUGGACCUCGACAUCUCGACACCGGAAAUCGAAGUACAUAGGAACAGGGCCGCGAGAAUAACGCAGCUGCUGUCGGAAAUGGAAACGCAGAAGAAGCAAAAUGCAGAAAUGAGAGCCAAUUACAAGCAGGCUCUGAGAGAGAGGAACCACAACUCCAGAUCAAUGGAGUCGCUCGCAUAUUACGGCAAUAACCCGAAUUCCAACAUUCAGUUCAGAAAGUACAACAUUCAAGAUAUAGAGAUGUCGACGAACCAUUUUGCCCCAGCGAAAAAAAUCGGCGAAGGUGGAUAUGGACCUGUUUAUAAAGGCAUUAUCGAUGAAAUUCCCGUCGCGAUCAAGGUUGUCAGACCGGACUUGUCGCAGGGACAGAAACAGUUCCAAAAAGAGGUCGAGGUAUUGAGUACAGUGAGACACCCACACAUGGUAAAUCUCCUAGGCGCGUGCCCUCAAUACGGGUGUCUGGUCUAUGAGUACAUGGACAAUGGGAGCUUAGAAGAUCGACUCUUCAGAAAAGACAAUACCCCAACGAUCCCUUGGCCCACGAGGUUCAAGAUCGCCUCUGAGAUCGCCACAGGCCUGCUCUUCCUCCACGAGCACAAGCCCGAGCCCAUCGUCCACCGCGACCUCAAGCCCGCAAACAUCCUUCUCGACUCCAACUAUGUGAGCAAGAUAGGGGACGUGGGCCUUGCGAGGCUGGUCCCGGGGGCCGCACCGAACAGUAAUGUGACGCGUUACCAUGUGACUGCAGCUGCGGGGACGUUCUGUUACAUUGACCCGGAGUACCAACAAACGGGGUUGUUGUCCGUGAAAUCGGACUUGUUCUCACUUGGUGUGGUUCUGUUGCAGCUCAUCACUGGGAGGGCUCCGAUGGGGUUGUCGUACCAUGUCGAGGAAGCCGUCGAGAACGGGAGGUUCUUGACAGUGCUCGACCCCACGGUUCUGGAUUGGCCCGUGGAGGAGGCUAUGUCGCUCGCCAAGCUGGCAUUGCAGUGUUGUGAGCUGAGGAAGAAGGAUAGGCCUAGCCUUGGGAAUGUCGUGCUACCGGAGUUGAUCCGGUUGAGAGAUUUUGCUGCGGGGAGGAGCCUGGGGUUCGACUAACAUAUGAAUUGUGGAAAUUUUUGAAACAUUUGGAGAAUCUUGAAAAAUGUCUUUGUGGUGAAACUUUGAAACAUUUGGAAUACCAUUUCCAUUAUUAUUUUGGAAAUUAUUCAUGAAACGUACUUCAAUUUUAAGUCCGCAAUGUAAGCAAGAGGUGAAAACAUGCAAGGGAAAGUGAAGAAUUAUUGUAAGUUUUGAGAAAAAAAUUGUGGAAAGCUUGGAGGUGAAAGGGUAUGGGGGAUAGAGAAGAAGAGGUGGGGGAAAGAAUUAUGUAUCACUUAGAUUGUGAAGUUUUUUCCAGUCUCAUUUUUUUUAGAUUCCAAUUCAUUUUUUAAUUUUAUGUCAAUCUUCAAUUGGUGCGGUAAAUAUUAAAGAACGUCCUUAAAC